UUCCCCGAGCGGGGUCCCGGCGGGGCGGGGCGACGCCGGAGUCUCGGGGGCCGCUUCCCUCCCGACCCCGCGGCGCGAGGCCACCCGGCCCGCGGGGAAAUCGGGCGGCGGUUGCCGGCGCUUUUGUGCGGGCAGAGCAGGCGCCAAAGGGCUCGGUCGGGAAGCCGGCGUCAGCCCGCCCCCAAGCCACCCCGCCUCGGCCCGCGUCCCGGCGCCUCUCCCAGCUCACCUUCUGGAUGGCGGCGGGCGUGAUCUCGCCCUUGCCCCGCUGCCUCGGGGCUGCGAACGCCACAGACAUCUUGCCGCCGAGCCCGCGAUCAGCGAGUCCCGAGCGCUCCGGGGGCCGCGGAGCUGGGGGCCCGACGCCCGCCUCCGGGCAGUCCCACCUUAGCGCGCGCGGUGGGGGAGGAUGCUCCGGGGCCGCGCGCCUCCUCGGCCGGCUCGGCCUUUACGCGGAGCUGCAGCUCCCAGCAAGGAGUCUACAGAGCACACUGCCGCCGGCGCCGCUCGAACCCCGGGUACCGCAGCUGUCCGCCCCGCUGCCCUCGCGGCUUCUCUGGCCGCACCCCCCCGCUUCCCUUCGCUGAUGGUAGCGCCGCGCCGGCCGCCUCCGCCCGGACGCUCAGGAAAUGGUCCCGCCACGGCGGGAGGGAGCGGCCCGGCCGCGCUGUCACAGGAAACGCGGGGUCCGCCCGCCACACUGCCCCUAACUGUGCCCUCGACCCUCUGGGGGAGAGGUUCGCCCCGACCGCGGCCCAGAAGGGUAGAGGACGGUCGGGACUCGGGAGCGUCUACCGGGUCAGCACAGAGAACGCGGAUUCGCUAGUUUAAAUGGCUCCUGCGCUCCACGUGCGCACCUUGGAGUGCACGCUCCCCAAGUCUCGCCUAACAGUAGAAAAGAACCCCGGACUCAGAGUUCGCCUAGAGAUAGACCCUCCCCACACUUGUGCAUCUACUUGAUCUGACUUGGGACCUUUGGAACGAAGCUGUGAAAAGCCACCCUCUUCUCCAGUUAAAUACUUAACGCUUAAUUAGGCCCAGGCUUCCAGGCUUCAAGUCAGUCAGUAUGAGGGGAAUAAAGCUAACAGCUGCAAAUUAGAAAGGGACGUUACUGCGGGCUAGUUCUGCAACCUUAGACUUCCCAGUUGCUCAAAAGGGAAGUUACCAUCACUGAUCCUCAAAAAUUAGAGCCUAGCCCGGUGUUGGGGGCGCUCGCCUUUAAUUUCAGCACACAGGAGGCAGAGGCAAGGCCCCUUUGAGUUCAAGGCCAGCCUGGCCUACAGAAUGAGUUCCAGGACAGUUAGACCUGUGAGGGACACAGUCUCAC